UAAUAAUAUUAAAUGAAUAUAUUUACUGGGGUAUAAUUUGCAGCAAUCCACUGCAAUUUUGUAAAUAGCAUUUUGAGAAUUUGCGUUUCAUAUUGAUCCGAUUUGGAAGUCUCUGUUCCAACAAAAUAAUGCAGAUAUGUUUCCAUACGAGAAUUGCAGUAUCAAAAAGCCCUAAUUUCAAUGUUAUGAAUCACUCUUCAAUCUGAGGAUAAUUAAGCCACUAGAGUGCCUCAAGGCCAAUUCGGCGAAGAAGCACGGAGCAGAUCGGCCUGACAUUACAGGACCUGCCACAAUGUCUCUGCGCACAAAAAUGAUUAAAUCCUCCGAUGAUAGCGAAGCAAAAGACUCGGCACAGAAACUUAAGGGGAUUGAGAUUAGUGUUCCGAUCGUGUAUGGGAAUGUUGCGUUUUGGCUUGGAAAGAAGGCUAGCGAGUAUCAGUCUCAUAAAUGGACUCUUUAUAUUCGCGGGGCAACAAAUGAAGAUCUAGGUGUCGUAAUAAAGCGAGCAGUUUUCCAGUUGCACUCGAGUUUUAAUAACCCAACAAGGGUGGUGGAUGCUCCACCUUUUGAGUUGUCAGAGUGUGGAUGGGGUGAAUUUGAAAUUGCUAUUACUCUUUAUUUCCAUAAUGAUGUUUGUGAUAAGCCAUUGCACUUAUACCACCAUCUAAAACUUUAUCCAGAGGAUGAGUCUGGUCCUCUUUCCACAAAGAAACCUAUUGUUGUCGAAUCAUAUGACGAAAUUGUUUUAUCCAAACCUUCGGAGGCUUUCCUUGCUCGUGUGCACAAUCAUCCAGCAGUUAGUGUUCCCCGACUACCUGCUGACUUGGCUUUACCUCCGGCUGCACCAUUAGAAGAUGUUGAUAGAAGGAAGAGAGGUGACACUAAAGAUCAUCCUCUAAGCCAGUGGUUCACUAAUUUCUCUGAGGCGGAUGAGCUUUUAAAACUUACAGCAGCCCGCCAGCAGGUUAGUUCCUUUUAACUUUGAUAAUUACAUGAAACAAUUUGACAAAUCAUCUGGCUAAAGAAAGGUAUUCUAAUGUCAAGUGAACUCACUCACAGAGCAUAGAAUAUUAUAAACUUAAGACUCCUCCUAUGUUGUAAAAAUCAUUCCUAUUUUUGUUUAACAAGACUUGUUGUAAAACGUUAGAGCUCUAAUUACGAAACCAGGUCAUUGUGAUUGCUUGUAUUCAAUACUUGAAGUUUAGAUGGAAAUUUUCUUUGCAUAUGGCAUCCUGUAUCCUAAUCAUUGUGAGACAAAUCUGGAUUUUUCACCCGCAUAAUUGAACUUUAGAUGGGAUUAUUUAUUACUAAGAGACAGUAAACAUGUUCAAGUCCUGACUGAUGAAUUGAGGAUUUGAGGCAGCAAUGAAGUUGAUGGCAUGCUCUCCCCCACGUUUUGUUUUAUUUGAGUGUUAUAGGUACAAGGCCAUAUCGCCAGGCUGCGAAGGCAGUUGAGCAUGGUAGGUGGGCAGCACCAGCCGUUGAAACCUGCAACAGAGUUCUGAAAUAUCA